AAUGCGAGAGCCUCAACCCCGCAGUGGGGGGAAGGGGGUCUACAGCUCCCACAAUUCCUCAGCCUCCCCGCGCGGUGCUUUCUGGGCGCUGUAGUCCCGCGCCCCGUCCUGAGCCGGGGAUCCUUUGCGGGCUGCGCUCCGCUGCGGACUACAACUCCCGCCGUGCGGCGCAGGGCAGGCGCCCCGGCACAGGACGGCUGCUGGCAUGGCUUGGAGAGGCUGCAGCCGGUUAGGGGCCCCGCUGCGGAGGAGCCCAGGCUGGCCUCAGGGGUUGGGGCGCAGGAGGAUCGUCUCCUGCAUUGAUCCAUCCACAGGCCUGACCGAGGAGCAGAAGGAGUUCCAAAAGGUCGCCUUUGACUUUGCUGCCAAGGAGAUGGCCCCGCACAUGGCAGAAUGGGAUGAAAAGGAAAUAUUCCCCGUGGAGACAAUGCGGAAGGCAGCCCAGCUGGGGUUCGGUGGGAUCUAUGUGAAACCAGAUGUAGGUGGCUCGGGACUGUCACGGCUUGAUACCUCUGUCAUCUUUGAGGCUUUGUCAACAGGAUGUACCAGCACUACUGCCUACUUGAGCAUCCAUAACAUGUGUGCUUGGAUGAUUGACACCUUUGGGAACGAGGAGCAGAGACACAAGUUCUGCCCAUCCCUCUGUAGCAUGGAGAAGUUAGCCUCUUACUGCCUGACCGAGCCGGGAAGUGGAAGUGAUGCAGCUUCCCUGAUAACCACAGCCAAGAGGAAAGGCGACACCUAUGUCCUUAAUGGUUCCAAGGCCUUCAUCAGUGGCGGUGGCGACACAGAUGUGUACGUGGUCAUGUGUCGCACAGGAGGGUCUGGCCCCAAGGGCAUCUCCUGCCUGGUGCUGGAGAAAGGAAUUCCAGGGCUCAGCUUUGGCAAAAAAGAGAGGAAGGUGGGCUGGAACUCCCAGCCGACUCGGGCUGUGAUCUUCGAGGACUGUGCUGUUCCUGUGGCCAACCGGCUUGGCGCAGAGGGGCAGGGCUUUGGCAUUGCCAUGAAGGGCCUGAAUGGAGGGAGGAUCAAUAUUGCUUCUUGUUCUCUAGGAGCUGCUCAUGCCUCUGUCCUCCUGACCCAGGAUCAUCUCACCAUCCGCAAGCAGUUUGGGGAACCCUUGGCCAGUAACCAGUACCUCCAGUUCAGACUGGCUGAGAUGGCAACGCACUUGGUGGCGGCAAGGCUCAUGGUACGGAAUGCGGCACAAGCGCUGCAGGAGGAGCGGGAGGACGCCAUCGCCCUGUGCGCCAUGGCCAAACUCUUUGCCACUGAUGAGUGCUUCGCAAUCUGCAACCAGGCCCUGCAGAUGCAUGGAGGCUAUGGCUACCUGAAGGACUAUGCUGUGCAGCAGUUCAUGAGAGACAUCAGAGUCCACCAGAUCUUGGAAGGUACGAACGAGGUGAUGAGGAUGAUUGUGGCCCGGAGUCUGUUACAGGAGUGAAACCAGGAGUGGAUCUCUAGUCUUAAUGCACUCCGCUUGCUCGCUAGAACAUUUUCUAUUGCUCCUGUUUCCAUAGACUCCUUCCCUGGGAGUGGGAAUGUACCAGUGGAAACUCUCUUGACUUUUUCUGAUCCCAAGCACAGCUGUAUGCAGCCCACAUGGGGUCCCAGCUGUAUGCGGUGCCUGGCAGAACUGCUGGUACUUGUCUGGUAUCAAGGACGCCAAAGAUAAAAAUCAGACAUGAAUGAAA